AUGGCGUACUUGGAGCAAGCCGGAUUUGGGUCAUCAGCAUUGAUUCAGACGUUCGACUUGCGGUAUGAUUUAUUAUCUGCGCUAGUGGAGCGGUGGCGCCCGGAGACCCACACUUUUCAUUUUCCGUGUGGGGAGUGCACGGUGACCUUAGAGGAUGUUGCAUUGCAGCUUGGGCUCCCAAUCGACGGGAGUCUCGUAACGGGAGUAACUGCAUUUACUGAGCCGGCUGCACUAUGUUGUCAGCUACUAGGAGACUCGCCAGAAGAUGAGGAGACAAAUUUUACGAGCUUAAAAUUUUCAUGGCUGAAAGCCAAAUUUGGACAGUUAUCAGCGAAUGCCACUGAAGGUGAGUUGAUGUGCGCUUCUCGAGCGUACAUCAUGCAUAUUAUAGGGGGAGUACUGAUGCCCGAUGCAAACAACAACAAGCUAGAGCUCAGUCGUUCUAGCAGUGUUGUAUUGGGAGCUUUGUCGGACUACAAAGCCUUCUGUUGUAGAUAUGGGCGGAUGCCUUAUAUUGCUGCAGUCCUGGGCACUUUAUCGGAUGCCAUUUUUGGCAUCGGUUACUCACCAACCAUAUGUUUAUCCACUAGUGAAUAG